AGGCUGAUGUUUUAAUGCUCCAUAUUCUAACGGAUUGAGGUCGAGAAGGAUGCCAUCACCUCAUCCUAAAUCUAAUAGAAGGCGGUAGUUUGUGACAUAAACCAGAUAAGCUGCUCUUAGCGAAAAUCGUAAAUAAUGAACAUCGGGAGGGAGGAGAUGCGUAAACCAAUCCGGCUCAUCGCGGCGGCGUGCAGUGACAUGGGCAUAGGAAAGAACGGACAGCUUCCCUGGAGUCUUCCAAAAGAAUUUCAGUUUUUUUUGGAUACAAUUACAGCUGUGUCAGCGCCUGGAAAAAAGAAUCUGCUUGUAUGGGGCCGAAUCUCCUGGAUCUCCUGUCCUGAAACAGUCUUCCCUUUGGCCAACUGCUUAAAUUUGGUAUUGAGCAGGAAGUUGAGUGCAGUGCCUCUACGUGCCCACUAUCUGUGUAAGGAUUUCGGGUCAGUAAUUGACAUGGCUUCUGAGCCUCCUUUAUGUCACAUUGUGGAGACCAUCUGGGUUUUAGGAGGUCCAGAGGUAUAUAAGGAAAGUCUUGAGCAUCCAUGGUGUGAUCUCAUCUAUCUCACUGACAUCAUGGCCGAUUUUGACUGUAAUGUCUUUUUCCCAAAGUUUGACCGCAAUGUUUUCAGAAAGCAAAAGGGCUUUCCUGGAGUACCAGAUGAAAUUCAUGAAGAAAAUGGUAUUAAAUUUCAAUUUCAAGUAUUCAAGAAAGAAUCUUAAACCUGAAGCCACGAGGAGACAAGACUGUCAAGCAUGAUACUAGAAUCAUUUUAUGUUUACAUAAUCUGAAACUACGGAGCCCCUAAGGGGACAUGCAGUGUUGUGUUUCUAAACGCUUGAACACCGAAUUUGCCUCUUGCCUCUGUGUGUGUGUGUGUGUGUGUGCACUUUGGAUGGGUUAAAUGCAGAGCACGAAUUCUGAGUAUGGGCCAUACUUGGCUGAAUGUCACUUCACUUUUUUUGUUUUUUUAAAGUGACCACACCUAAUUUACUAUAUGCUGUUGGUGUCAUUAAAGGUAAAAUGAUUAAGUUUUUUUUAUUAAAAUAUCAAAAAACCACUAAAACAGUGUUAUAUAUUUUGCUUACAUGUUUUUUCUUUAAUUGCUAAUGCUUGGAAAUUUUUCAACAUUGAUAGUUGUGUAAGUAUUGUCAUACUAUCAGUUAUCUGAAUUUUAGCUUGAUUGUAAUCCAUUUCAUACCUUUCUAUCAAGUCAAACAGUAUCAAGAUGAAUUUGUUCUGACACAGUUUAACUGAGUUCUUGUCAUAUUUUAUUACCGAUUUCUAAACUAAAGCAAAUAAACUGUGAAAAUGUGAGAAAUGUUGAGGGUGUCUGAAUACAGUUUGGUUUGACCGUGACAGUUUACAGUGAAGACUAAGCAGUGCUAUUUGACAUUUAAUUAUUUGUUUUCUGUACCUGGGCACCUACAAACUUAAACUAUGUGUUAAUAGCACAAAUAAAUAAAUAGAACGAACAUACAAAUUAAACCAUUUCAAACAGGGCCCGCUGGUACAACCUGACAUAAUUUUAUUGGUUGUAAUAGUUAUCAGCAAUCUAACAAUAUUGUACAGAAGAACACUUUAUCUCAAAGGCUACAGUAUAUAACUGGUGGUAGGCUACUUCAUCAUCAUCCAAAUCCUAAGUACGGUAUUUCAAAGCAGCUAAUUCUUGAUAUAAACCAUAUGAAGAGUAUUUUCCUAAUGGCAACAUUUUUAUUACAUAACAAAUAAAACCACACAUGACCUGAAACAGCAGAUGGACACAGACAUUGUGACAUGCUGACCGUGAUGAGCACCACUUCUUUCACAAGUACACAUGCAACAGGUUAUGACCACAGAUGAGUAACAUAUCUGUUACUCAUCUCACUGUCACCAUGGUGACACGAUCAGAGCAGAUCAGGGGGAUGGGACACAGUGGGAGUGCCUUUAGUUAUAGUUUUUGUUAUGCAUGCUUUGUUGGCAGUGUAUUUAACUUCGCAGAUUUGUGAUAUCAUCCUAUACACUUUUUUGUGAAAUUAAAUCUAUACUGCUAUAAUAAAGUUAGUUUAGUGUGCAGGAACUUAUUGAACACAUAUAAUGGGAUAUUAUUUUUUGUAUAUAUUUGAGUAAAUGUCCAGUGAACAUUGUGAUAGUGAAUGGCUUUCCCCACUAGAUGGAGCCAGCAGCUAGGAAGUCUAUUACUGUCCUUUCCGAACAUGAGUUUAGCCCACCCAUGAUUUCACACAAGAUCCUCCAAAAAAAAAAAAAAGAUAUUCCAAGCAUGCUGGAUAACAUUAAAAAACGCAAGUUAAAGGGAGACAUUUAGGCCUACCAAAUAAUAAGAAAGCCAUGUUAGUUGUUAUGCUGGUAAUAUAAACUAUUGUUCAGAUUUUGGGGGUCAGUGAUGCAUUAAGGAUGCAUUAAAUUAAUAAAAGCGAUAGUGAAAACUUACAUUGUUACAAAAAAAUCUAUAUAUUUUGAACAUUCUAUUUCGAUCAUGUGACUGGACUGUGACUUAAAACUGGAGUCAUGAAAAAUGCUAAAAUUCAUCUUUGCCAUUUCAGUAUUUAAAAAACAAAAUGAAAGAAAACAGAUGUUUUAAAUACAAAUAGUAUUUCACAAUACUACUGUUUUAUGUUUUGAUCAAAUAAUGCAAAUUGGUGGUAUUGCUAAAUGGUUUUAAAAUCUGUUUUGUCUAAUGUUUAAAAUUUCCACAUUGACAUCAAUAAAAACCAACUAAUGUUUGCAUACAGCACAUUGUGAUCAGAAGACCAUCUGAGAGAAGAUUGCACAAAGGACAGCAGAGCGCUUCAACUUGACCUCAGACAUGGAAUAUUUACCACCUUAAUAAGUCCAGGGUAGGAAAUUAUAGACUUUAAUUGCAUGUGUCAUCUAUUUUCAGAGUUAUGCCCCAUAAAAGCAAUGUGUAACAUUUGCUUAUAAUACCCACUGUCACAUUUCAAAUAAAAAAGAGCUAUUUAUAUCCUCGCUUAAUAACCUAUGUGUUCGGGUAUAACUCAAAAUGUCAUUUGCAGGAUUAAGCAGCCAUCCGGUUGGAGCCAUACACGAGGAGUGGACAAAGAGUGGAGAACAAAGAGAAAGGCAGAGGCGAUAAUUAAAGAGAUAUAGAAAAAUCAGAGCAGCAAUAAAUAUUAAUGAAACCAUCCCCCCCC